AUGCCGUCAACGUCUCAUUUUCUAGCUCUUGUCACAGCCGCAACAGGCGCGCUGGGCCACGCCGUUGUCACGAAACCGCAGCCCCGUGUUGCCGGCCCGGCGUACACAGAACUCUGCGGGAGUACAUACUCAACUUACAUGGAAAAAGACCCAGCCGGCCCCAUCGAAAACGGCGUCGCCCAAGCCGGCUCCAGCCUAGGCUGCAACGCCUACCUCUGCCGCGGCUACCAGUACGAAGACAACGAAGCCGCAGCCUACAAGGUCGGUGAUGUGGUUGUUUUUCACGUUGACUUGAUUGCGGGACAUCAUCCCGGUUUUGCGAACGUCUCCGUAAUUGACCUCGCGACCAACACCAUCCUUGGCGAUCCGCUCAAGGUAUGGGAUGACUGGCCGAAUGCUACGGCUACCACGCCCCGGUCUGAUAUCGACUUCAACGUGACCAUCCCGGAAAGCCUCACCUCAGCCUGUGAUGUCGGCGGGAAGUGUGCCAUACAAUGGUACUGGUAUGCUGGGGGUAAUAAGCAGACUUAUGAGAGCUGUGUUGACUUUUAUGUUCCGGCGUGA